CAGACAUCCGUUUCAUUGGCUAAUGCUCUUGUCCCAAAGCCAAUAUGCUCUCUGUAUAUAAACUCCCCAAGAGUGCUGAAGGACAAAGUAAAAAAGAAAAGGGACUCUGAAUCUUACGGUGGUGGACUCACUCAACAAAACAUCAAAAAGGAAAACUUCAUAAAAUGUGUAAAGGAUUAGCUGCGUUGCCCCAAACAUGUCGGAUAAGGGCUAAAGAGAUCAAGUCUAAGUUGGGGGUUCUCCUCCAGAAACCUGAGAAUGGCAUUGACCUGAUCAUCCCAUACCCAGAGAAACAAGAGAAGAAGCCAGAGAAGCUUCAGAAGCCCAUUCCUGAGGAGGCUUCUCAGUGGCGUGAGUCCCUGGACCAUGUGCUGACCAACAGUUGUGGCCUGGCUAUGUUCCGUAGCUUCCUGCGCUCUGAAUUCAGUGAGGAGAACAUUGAGUUCUGGGUGGCCUGCGAGGACUUCAAGAAGACCAAGUCUCCCAUGAAGAUGGCUGUGAAGGCCAGGAAGAUCUAUGAGGACUUCAUCCAGACCGAGGGACCCAGAGAGGUGAACAUUGAUCAUUACACCAAGGAUGUGACCCUGAGGAACCUGGUUGAUCUUUCCCCUGUGACCUUUGACCUGGCCCAGAAGAGAAUUUAUGCUCUGAUGGAGAAGGACUCCUUUGGCCGCUUCCUGAGAUCUGAGCAGUACCAGGAGCUGGUCAAAUAACGAGAUGAUCACAGAAUAAGGGUCAAUUCCAAACCAAUUGGAUGGAAUUAGGCCUUUUUUAAAUAAUUUGAUGCAAUUGACACAAGCGAGACUGCAGUUAUGAUAACUAAGGGCCAUCAUAAAGAUUUAUCUUAUUCUAUACCAACUUAAAUCUAUAUUUCAAAUUACUUCUAUAUUUGUCUUAUCUACCUGCAGCCAAUCAAAAUGUCACAUGUCAAUUCAAAAAGUAGAGUGUGGAACAUGCAUUAUGACAGUAUUUGUUCAAUGAGAGACAAACAAACCACCAAUCAAUUAAACAGUGAUUUAAACAAAUACAUUGGAAAAUCACAAUCUCUUGGGAAGAUUUACCAAAGGUCAUAAAUAUUGCAGAUAAAAUCUCUCGCAAUCAUUUUGUCCCAUAGUCUAAAUAAAAAGGAAGAUCCUAGACAGACAAAUAGACACACCAUAUUUGUACAUCAUAGCUUUCCCAGAAAGAAAACUGAAGUGGCUUUCAGAGUUUCUGUAGAGAACAAUCUGACCUCUGCCUUGAGACUCUUAGUGACACAUUCAGUACCCAUCAAGUGUUCUAAAUAGGGGAGAACGGGUGAGGGACUUGGCCACACUAGCGUUCACACAGCCAAGUGAUAAACAGUUUAAAAACAACAGAUAUAGAGACCAAGUGUCUUGAGUAGCUGUGAGUUGGCUCCAACAUGCUCUCAGGCCAUCCUUGGGAUCAGUGGUAGGCAGUUUGUUCAGUGGUUCACGGGCCACUGCGUUGUAAGUUGCUAAAAUGGGAAAACCAAGUAGGGAUGGAUCUCAGAAAAGAAAAUAACUCAGUAUUUUCUCCAGAUAAUUAUUUUUUACCCAUUUGAACUAAGUAGGCAUAAAUUAUUCCAUCUUAGGUCAUUUCAGCCAUUCAUUUUACCUACAGAUGGUCAUGAAGCAAAGGAGAUGAGGAAAGGACACACGCAAUACAACAACAUUUUAAUGUUUAGGGACUUUACUAACCUAACCGAAGAGAAAGAUAUGCACUCCAUUAUUGACUAACUAAUCUUAUUUGGUAUUUCAAUACAGCUUUCAGCAUUUCUGUUUGUCACUAACCAUUCACUAUAAUAACUAGCCUUCACACCUUUUAUAGUCAGAGAAGUAUAUGGUUUUGAGGGUGGAGGUCUUUGGUUAUGCAAAGGUUCUCUCAGUCCCAUGUAGCAAUAAUAUAUCACUACCUUACAGUGUGUUUUUAUAAUGCUCUUCUGUGUUUUUAUGUAUUUAAGAAGUGCAGCUGUCAUAGCCAUAUCAUUGAAGUACUAUUACACAAAUACUCAAGUCCUUAUUGUUGCCCAAUACAGAUUUAUUUGACUUUCUGCAACACUGCAGGUCAGAGGUUGACAAUUGUGGUCAUUUUAAUUAACUGAUUUUCCCAUUUAUUUUCACUUGAAGCUAAAGUGACAAAAUGUUAGAUCACAUACUUUGUAAUCACUUGAUAUCAUAUAGUAAUUUAAAGUUUAGUAACAAUACCAACACAAAAAACAUGUUUCUAAAGUGGCAUUGAUAAGGGUAUCCAGUUGCAUAGAUUGGCCAAUCUACUGCUAUUGCCCAAGGUGUCAUGCCUUUAGUGAAAACACUUGAUGAAAACAUCAGUAAGGACUUGUGUGGUGCUAAGUUAAUAUCUGACUCAUACAGUCUGUGCAUGUAUUAUUUGUAGUCACCCACAUAAAAGGCAUCAAUACAUUAAAUUCCUGAAGAUGUAUUUAUUUUCUAUGUAAAUACAGUAUCUACCAGUAUUUAGUAGUAUUUGUGUUGAUUAAGUUAUUCAUGACUACCCCAUUGGAAUGAAUGGGAGUUGUGGCCAAGAGAGCACCGGGGUCCAGGAGUAUCUAGGAGAGGUCUGUCUUUUCAUUGUCAUAAAAGAGAAAACAUCUGAC